AACCAAUGCACCUACCUCUUCCUCCCGGAGUCAGGGCAGGGCCCACAUUCCCUCCUUCAUCAGUGGGCAGCGUAGCUUCUACAUCAGCGCCCGUCACAGCUUUCACACCUUCACCCGCGAUGCCUGCACGUCCUCAUACAUUAAAGCCAAGGCAUCCGGUCAACUUUAGACCAGCAACUUCUUUGCCUCUUCGACCCGGUAGCAGUCACCAACCAACGCACCUACCUCUUCCUCCCAGAGUCAGGGCAGGGCCCACAUCCCCUCCUUCAUCAGCGGGUAUCUCGCCCUUUAUAACUACUUCUACUAGAAUAACCUCGCAGACUUCGACUCUUCCUUCCCGUCCCUUCUCCCAGCAUUCUCAGGGCCCAUCUGCAUCAUCCAUACUGUCAACCGAUGGCCGUUACGCAGAGUCCAUGCCCCAGCUAUCUCCGCAUGUAUCACCAACACGGCAAGGACAGGUUCCUUACCAGUCAACGCCUGAAAGUUUCCAACCACAGGCCUCAUGGCCGCUCCAUCCACAGCAUGCAAGAGCACUAACUACACCUGCUAAACUAGUUCAUUCUAGCAGGGGACUUGGUAAAAAUAUUGCAGCAGGUGUUCUUGGUCUGCUCGGCGGGGCUGUGCUCGCCGAGGCCGCUGGCGAUGACGAUAUUGUUGAUGAUAUCACUGAAAUUAUGGAUGACAUGUCGAUUGGAAACUCUGCAGAUGAUCAGUUCGACCCCGAUAUGGACACUAAUAAUAAUCAAGGGAGCGGAUCUGACUCUACGGACAUCCAAGGAGACCAGACGUCUCCUGGGGACGCCUCCAACGUAACAGACUAUCAAGGAGACCAGACGUUUACCGAGGACUUCUUUGACCCUACGGCAAACAUCCAAGUAGACCAGACAUUUUCCGGAGUCUCUUUUGACGCGCAAUACUAUCAAGGAGACCAGAUAUUUACCGAGGACUUCUUUGAUCCUAUGGUGAACGUUCAAGUAGACCAGACAUUUGACGGGGUCUCAUUUGACGCACCAUACUACCAAGGAGACCUGAUAGUUACCGAGGACUUCUAUGAUCCUACGGCGAACAUUCAAGUAGACCAAAUGUUUGACGGGGUCUCAUUUGACGCACCAUACUACCAAGGAGACCUGAUAGUUACCGAGGACUUCUAUGAUCCUACGGCGAGCAUUCAAGUAGACCAGACGUUUGAUGGGGUCUCCUUUGACGCGCCAUACUAUCAAGGAGACCAGCUGUUCACUGGCGACCCCGUCGGCCAAACAUGGGUCGUGUCUGAUCAGACCAUAGGGACUGGAUUAGAUCCCAAUCAAUCUCAAGGAUACUACUACACAUCCCCACAAAGCUCUCAUACAUCCCACACCCAGAACCCGCAUAUGAAUCAUGGUGCUCACCCCUCCUUUGGGACCGCCGGUCAUACUACACAGUCGCAGGGACCGCCAAUUCCAGCCCAUCAUGCUGUGAACCACGGUCAUGGCACCGCCCCUCACCAUGCUCAUUCGCCCCAAUCCCAGGCGGGAUCCUCCGUCCCUCCCGCACAGCAUCAUGCUCAAGGGAACUCACAACAGAAUCAAGCUAGUCAACAUAAUCACACUGGUCAACACCAUCAUAGUCAUCAUAGUCAUCGUCAUGGUCUAAACAAGACCAUGGAAUUGGUCAAGGACGCGUUGAUUACUGGUAGUGCUCUCGCAACGCUUGUAGGGAAUGGGAAUGGAUGAUCCUCAUAAUUGCAAGCCCUUCAGUCAUCAAUCGCAUGCUAGUAUUCACAUGCGAAUUCUAUGUUGAAGUUAAUUAUGCAUUAAGCUGGUCUAGAUAUAUCAUUGUAUACUACAUAGUAGUACUUUUCAAUCUUGUUAUCAUUAGGCAGC